CUCACAAUGAGAAAUCUCCUCCAUCCCAUAAUCGAUUCUCGUCGAUUACUAAAAUCUUUCUAGGGUUUCCCCUUCUCUCUCUCUAUUUAUUUUCAAAUUCUAUUUAUUUUCAAAUUCAAAAUCGAUUUCUCGAUCUGAAUACUGAGCAGUGUUUAACGUAACCGAGUUGGCUACCUCACCACCACCCAUAAAAAAAGAAAUCGAUUCUCGUCGAUUAGGGCCGUUUCUUUUAAUAUCGAUAUGGAGCAGAUCCGGAUUGACACCGAUGAUUAUCACCAGGAGGAGGAGGAGGAGGUUCCUAUGAUCGUUGAGGAUCAAGAUUCCGGAUCGGGUCGCCCCGAAUCGAAUCCUUCCGGUUCCGAUUCCGACUCCGGUGAGCAGAACGAUGAAGAUUCGGAGUCCGAUUGCGAGAGCGAUGCCGCUGAAUCGAAUUUUACUAAUGAAUUUGGGGUUUUCACAGGAAAUGGGAUGAUGUUCAGAGUGAAUGAUGUGAGUGAGGAGUACGAGAGUAUUGCCAAGAGCUUUGCGGUGGGUAUGGGACCGGCGGCAGGAGUUACGGAGGUUGUGGCGGUGCACAAGAAAUCGAUUUCUGGGCUGACCGGCCGGGCCAGGUUCGAAACGUUUCGGGUUUUUUCGGAGGCGGUGGGGAAGAAAUGCGACGGAAACGCGAACAUUAAGUAUGCUUGGUACAGCGGAUCGAGGGAUGAGAUUGUGGAGAUAAUGGAUCAUGGAUUUAAUAGUCGUAAUGCGGAUGAGUGUGGGCGGAUUCAGUUGAUUCCGGCUAAGUUUGCUUUGGAUGGGGCGUUGGGCUUGGAGGUUGGUGAUGAUGGGCUCAGGCAUAUGCUGCUGUGCCGGGUUAUAUUGGGGAAGAUGGAAGUGGUGCCUAGCGGUUCUCAACAAGGUGUUCCUGGCUCGAAUGAGUUUGAUUCUGGUGUGGAUAGUGUUGUCAAUCCUAGAAAGUAUUUUGUGUGGAGUUCAUUCAUGAACUCGCAUAUUCUUCCUGCUUAUGUUGUGAGCUUCAAGGGUCCUGCUAGCUUCAAGGGUUCUGUGAAGACUACUACUACUAAGGCGGCGAGUAUUGCUAGUGCUAUUACUCAGGGGAGUGCUGGCUACAAGAGAGCAGGGCUUGGACGUGUUACUCUUCCUGCUCUGGUGGCCGGGCUCACGAGGUUCUUGACUCCCCAAGAAAUGAAGAUUAUUGUCAGAUUGCUGGACGAAUUCAAGGCAAAGAAGAUUACAGGAGAGGAGCUGAAGCAAAAAGCGAGACUCAUAGCCGGUGACAAGUUGAUUUCAGCCUUGAAAUUGAUGUCAUCGACUGUUAAGGGGAGUGGUACUCUUGGUGGAAUGCAGCUGGAGAAUGGAUCAGUACGAGAUAUCUAUCUCCCUGGUCUGAUAACCGUGCUUGCAGGGUUGCUGCCUGCUCCGAAGACGGCCAUGCUUAGUAAAAGCCUCGGCGAUUUCAGGGAUAAGAAGAUAACUCGAAGUCAGCUGGCUCGAUGUGUGAGAAUCAUUGUUGGCAAUGACAGUGUGUUGGUUUCAGCAAUCAACUCUUACAGAAUCAGUAAGCAGCAGCAGCAAGACAAGUCACCUGUGUGAAGAUGAUGAGUUACAAGCCUCUAACCAACAUCCCUUUUAGUUUUGGUUACAUGCCUAGUCCUGGAUGCACGCAUGUAAUCUGAUCGAAGUGAAGGACCUAUUCCUUCUUUUAUCUUGCACUUAUAAUCCUGAUCUUGUAAUAGGAUCAGUAUUACUUUUAAUUUAUAAUAAGUUAUAAUUUAUAUCAAAAAUAUGUAAUUUAUAUCUGAUCUUGUAAUAAGGAUCAGUAUUACUUUUAAUUUAUAAUAAGUUAUAAUUUAUAUCAAAAAUAUGUAAUUUAUAUCUGAUCUUGUAAUAAGGAUCAGUAUUACUUUUAAUUUAUAAUAAGUUAUAAUUUAUAUCAAAAACACUGUUAUAGUAUUGAGUUUUUUUUUGAAA